ACUGAAGAUACUGCCCCCGCGCCGCUCACGCUCACCCGUUAAAUAUUAUUCAAAUUUGAAAUUUCAAAGGACUUAUGGACCACCCUAUUAUUAAAAAAUAGUUGCGAUUCUUAAAAUUCCGUCUGACGAUGUAACGUUAUUAGUUUUGGCAAUCGUGGUGUUCGCGACGACACACCUACCCGUAAUCCCAGAAACAGCUUUCGAUGCAUGAUACUAUUUCUCUAGCCUGUAAUAUAAGCCCACGCGCAGUCUCUUUCGCACGUGUAACGUAACUCGGAGACAAAAUCCCCCAGAGACAAGUAACAAACGUCCAACUUUAGCACAUAAUUUCUGCCUAGUUUCGUUAGUUUGUUAUCUGGUGAGUUUGUAAUAAGCCUCUGAAUAAGUCUAUAAUUGAAAAACGGCGCCAAGUAGGUUGACUCUGUACCUCCCAAGCACCGCUAUCAUCAGUUUUUAAAGGAAUAUGUUCGACCCAAGUAAGUCCCUUUACGGUAGAAUAAAGUAUUCAUUUAUCAGUUUCUUUAUCCCGAAUUUCAGCUUGCUGAUUUGACCCGUUAAAAAAAUGAGUAGGGGGGCGGCUUUUUGUAAAGCAGCGAUACAAAGACUAUUAGAGUAUUAACAAGUUUAAAAUGCUAAUAUGAGUCUCAAAACCCAUACACAAAUUCUGUCAAACAGCGAUAUUAAAUUGCAAAGUAAGAAGAAAGAUAAAGACGAUAGUGUGACUAGGUAAGGGUGAAAGCAUUUGGGAUCGCUUCACCCACAGCCAUCCAGAACUAGUAAGAGAUCAUAGUAACGGAGAUGUCGCCUGCGAUACAUAUCACGAAUGGAGAGAAGACAUCGAGAUCUUGAAGGAUUUGGGCGUAGACUUCCAUCGAUUUUCACUGUCAUGGCCUAGAAUUCUGCCGGACGGCUUCGCUAGAAGAAUCAAUCCUGAUGGUGUGAGAUUCUAUAACGAUUUCAUCAAUAAGCUGUUGAAGAAUAAUAUAGAACCUUUGGUUACCUUGUACCAUUGGGACCUCCCUCAACGUCUUCAAGAUCUAGGGGGCUGGACCAAUCCAGACAUGGCAGUCUAUUUUGAAGAGUACGCCAAAAUAGCUUUUGAGCUGUUUGGAGACCGCGUGAAACGCUGGAUCACCAUAAACGAGCCCCACAGCUUUUGUGAGUUCACUUAUGGUUAUGGACAUGGCGCUCCUCAUAUAUUUUCACCAGGAAUAGGGGACUACCUUUGCGGAAAGACGGUUUUGAUAGCUCAUGCUAGGGCCUAUCAUUUAUAUCAAAGGGAAUUCAAAAAAUCUCAAGGAGGGAAAAUUGGAAUUUCAUUAGACACAAACUGGGCAGAACCGAUGACAAAUUCGACAGAAGAUAUAAAGGCUGCAGAGAGACAACUAGAAAUGGAGUUUGGUUGGUGGGCGAACCCAAUAUUUUCCAACACCGGCGACUAUCCGGAAGUCAUGAAACAAAGGGUUGACGAAAGGAGUCGCUUAGAGAACUUCACUAUCUCUAGACUGCCAGCUCUUACAACCGACGAGAUAAAAAUGAUCAAAGGAACUGCAGACUUUUUGGGUUUAAACCACUAUCAUACUUGGCUUGUGGGUGACCACGAUUUUCCUAUAGAUGGCGAACCCUCACACGAAAAAGAUAUGGGUAUCAAAAGCCGUCAAGACCCAAAUUGGAAACCGUCUCCGCAAAUAGUACCAUGGGGUUUCCGAAAAUUAAUGAACUGGAUCAAGGAAAAGUACAACAAUCCUUUAGUUUAUAUCACAGAAAACGGAUAUGGAGAUAUAAGUGAAGCAUUGGAAGAUCACGAUCGGGUUACCCAAAUCAAGUUGUUCAUACAAGCAGUCAUGGAUGCUGUAGAGAAAGAUGGGUGCAACGUGAAGAGGUACACAUAUUGGAGUACUCUUGAUAACAUGGAAUGGAGCCUUGGAUACACUGUCAAAUUUGGCCUUUACCACGUGGAUUUUACAAGCCCAAAUAGAACAAGGACGCCUAAACUGUCUGCGAAAACGUUCAAGGACAUCAUUAGGAAAAGACAACUAUGAUUUGAAAAAGCUAUAUUGUGUAAUAAAUAACAGUCUAUGGUA